GGGAUGGAAUAAAAAUGCCCACGAGGGUUCAGAGAAUCCUUGCACAGUGACACGCUUAAAGUAUCCUGGCUCCCGACCUGGUACACGGGCUGCGCCCCGCCUAUGCAGGCAUUCGCCCUCUGUGCAGACUGCGUUCCCGAGGCCGCGGGCUACGCCCCCACGUCUCCGCGCCCAGGCCGUGAGCAAGAGUCUCGGCCGCCCUGGCCACCUGGGAGCCCCUGAAGCCCAGUAACUCGCUGGGGCCUUGGGAAGGGGGCGGGCCCAGGACCGCGAACACCGCCCCCUCAGCCCUGCCUGGCUUCACUCCCAGUGGCUUCGGGGGCGCGCCCCCGCGGAGACGGACAAGAAGCUCCCCGCUUUCGUCAGAGCGUGCGCGCGCCCGAGGACGUACGUCAUCGGCGUCGGCUCCCGCCGGCUGAGCGGCCGGUGGCUGGUGUAGCAGAGCGGGAGCGGCGGGCGGCAAGAAGAAGGGCGAACAGGUGGGGGCACCGCACGCGGACGGACCCCCCCAAAGGCCGGGAGGAGGCGCGCGACGCGACCUUUCCUGAUCUUCCGGGGAACCCUCCACUCCAUUGUCUCCUGGCCCCACCCUCCAUUGGACACGCCCUUCGCCUUGUCCCCCACCGCUUAUUGGCUGCAGGUCACGCCCCUCCUCAAUUUCUGGUUCCCCAUUGGCUCUUCACCUUGUCCUCUCCCGGGGCUUCUUAUCCGCACAGGCCACACCCUCUCAUUUGUCACCAGACCCCGCCUUUAGUAGUCGGGGGCUCCUCCCCCAUCCAUCCUUCAUUCAUUAUGCACCUAGUGCUGGGUGCUUGGUACAGGGGGUUGAAUCAGACCCCGUUCCUGCCUUCGGGGAGUUCAGGGGAUGGUGAGAACUCGGACCUAGGCUCCGACAGUGACAGCUCUGAGUAAAGAAGUCACCGAAGCGGUGGGACACUAGACGCGGGGAAGGCUUCCUGGAGGAAGUGAGGCCUAAACUGAGCCUUGAAGAAUGGUUGAGUUUGCUCCAGGAAUAUAUUGCAAAGGCAUUCUUGGCGGAAGGACCUGAGACGUGAAAGAAACAGGCGUAUUCUGGUAAUUUCGAGGAGAUGGAGAAAUAACAGCAUGUGUUUAUGCUGAUGGAAAGACUCCAGUAGAGAGGAAGAGAUUGAUGAUGUAGGAAGUGAUGGAAGUGAGUCGCUGAGCAGGCAAGGAAGCUCAGCAGCUGGAGCGUCUCCAGGCAGUCUCUGGGGAGAGACAGGAUUGGAUUGAGUCCUGGAACAGAGUCGGGGUGAGCGCCCUGACACUGGCUUUGGAUGACCACUGGAAAGAUUCCUCAGAUAGGGGACAAGGCAGGGAUUGGCUUGGAUUUGCUGAAGCUUCCUUCUGUUCCCCAAAAGCAGAUUCUAACUUGGAUUUCAACAGAUGGCUCAGAGGAGAGAAGGCAUUCUGGGGGGUACUGGCGUAAGCAUGGGGCCCUCAGACAUUGAAACUGACUGAGGCCAAAUGGGCAGGAUGAUGUGGGUAAAGCCAGGUGGGUGGGCAGGGGUGGCACUGAGAAGAUGCCAUAGGCAGAAGGCGGCCCCUGAGGCUUUCUCACCUACCUAAUCUGCCCAGGCAGCUGAAGCCGCACUGUGUCACCUCCCAGAUUAAGUGAGUGCUGAGUACAGAGGUUAGAAUCACAAUAAGGGGCUCAGUCCUUGCCUUCAGGAGCUCAGGCUGAAAGGAUUCCAGUAACCACCAUCUAGAGGUCAACAGUGUUGGGAGUUGGAGUGACCCGGCUGGAUGUGACCCCCAAGACAGAAUGGUGCUGGACUCCGGGGCUCAGGCAUAUGAUCAGGCACCCCCCAGCCCGCCUACCAGUCCCCCAUCCCUGCGCCAUAGGCUGAAGCCCUCAGACCGAGAUGGGCCACCACUGUACCCCUGGUCUCAGCCCCUGGCCUUGCCCCUGGCUCUGGCAGUCCCCCCAGCACUGCAGCCCCAGCCUGAGCAGCAGCCCUUCUCACAGAUGCACCUGGGCCACCGUGGCCACAUGCGUCGCAGUGAGAGCACCUACUCUGUAAAUAGUACUGGCCGGCGGGGACGUGGCACCCUGGGACGGCCUCCACCUGGACGGGGACAGAACCCAGGCGGGGGCACCCUGCGGCCUGCAGCCUCCCUGCCUCACAUUGCUAAGACUCAAAGGGAUGCAGGCCAUAGUGCCAGCAAGAGCCCCUGCAUGUUGGUGGCCCUGCGGCCAACCAAUAUGGACCGUGAGCGGGACAAGUUCUUCCAGUCCCAUUACGCCUACAAUCCACAGUUCGAGUACCAGGAGCCCAUGCCCACAGCUGUGCUGGAGAAGUACUGUGAGGCCUCUGGACAGUUCAUCCAUCAGGCAGUUGGCAUCAUUGAGGCUGUUCUGGAGAAGUUUGGAACCUAUGAACACUUUGAGGCUGCCACCGGGGGGCAGCUGCUCACCAAGUGCCAGAUAUGGUCCAUUGUGCGCAAAUACAUGCAGAAGGAGGGCUGCGUCGGGGAGGUUGUUGUGCAGCUGAGUGAGGACCUGCUGUCCCAGGCAGUGAUGAUGGUGGAGAACAGCCGGCCCACAUUGGCGAUCAACCUGACCGGAGCCCGCCAGUACUGGUUGGAGGGCAUGCUGCGGCAUGAGAUAGGUCAGGGCUUUCUCUUCCUGAGCAGCCACCUCCGCCCUCUGGCUCACAGAGGCACCCAUUACCUGCGGGGCGUGAACAACGCGCGCCAGCCGUGGCACAACACGGAGGGCCGGCUGCGGUACGGGCUGCGGCCGGCGAACCCCACGGAGGAGGGCCUGGCCAGCCUACACAGCGUGCUGUUCCGCAAGCAGCCGUUCUUGUGGCGCGCUGCGCUGCUCUACUACACCAUCCACCGCGCCGCGCGCAUGUCCUUCCGUCAGCUCUUCCAGGACCUGGCGCGCUACGUGCAGGAUGCCGACGUGCGCUGGGAGUACUGCGUGCGCGCCAAGCGCGGCCAGACCGACACCUCGCUGCCAGGUUGUUUCAGCAAGGACCAGGUGUACCUGGACGGCAUCGUGCGCAUUCUGCGACAUCGCCAAACCAUCGAUUUCCCGCUGCUGACCUCACUGGGCAAGGUAUCCUAUGAGGAUGUGGACCACCUGCGGCCCCAUGGGGUGCUGGAUAAUACCCGGGUGCCCCACUUCAUGCAGGACUUGGCACGCUACCGGCAGCAGCUAGAGCACAUCAUGGCCACCAACCGGCUGGAUGAGGCAGAGCUGGGUCGCCUGCUACCCGACUGAUGUCCGUUGAGGGCUGCAGACAGAGGCCCUGGACAGAAGCUCCAGAUAGGCCCCCAGAACAUGAAGCUGUUUGCUCCAUGCUUCUACGGCCUGGGUGUUUCUUGGGGGUGUUGGGAGGGCAGGAGCAUUCCUUGAGGAGGAGUGGCAACAUCAAAGGGUUUGUGUUCCUUGCUAGCCUCCCUGGGGCCUGGGGACCUGCAACAGCAUGUCUGGCAAACUGAGUCCCCCUCCUGCCUCCAGCUCUCUGUUGAGCAGAGGGAAGGCAUGGGGACAGGAAGGGAGCUGAGCAUUGAUGGGGAUGGGGGUGGUUUGGGAAUAGAAACUUGUUCUUGCAUGAGAUGGCUUUGGUUGUCCCAGUACUCCAGUCUCCCUUCCCUCACCUGGCCCCUUGGUGCUCUUUCAGCAGUCGUGCUGUCUACCUCUCACUGGGUCCUGGUAGGGGUUGGGAUCUCUUCUCCUGGGGUGAUUGAUGGCCUGAGCCUGGGGUCCUGGUAGUAGAGACCCAGCUGGUCUGGGGUCUGCUUUCUGACAUUUUGCCUCUGUCACUGGUCAUGUAUUUAUUCCAUAUUUAUAUGGUCUACUUCCUGUGACUGGGAGCAGCAGCUCCUGAAGGUUUUGUGGGCGGGGGAACAGGACAUUCCUUCCUAGAAGGCACCAAUUUUCCCAGCCCCACUCCCAUUACACACACACACACACACACACACACACAUACAGUGAUUCAGGCCUUGAGAGUCAAGCCCAAGAGCUCCCUUGGCCCUGUCCCCACUCCCUCCACUGGCCUCUGCUGUUCCUGUCUUUGCUCACACCCUUACAGCUGGUCUCUGGCAGAGGUUGGCAUAGCCUAGGAGCAGCUGCAAUUGCGCCUGAGGGACAGGCCCUAGAGUUUGGUGGCCCAAGUCCUGAACCCCUCUUGGACCAGGUGAGGUGCAGAGGUGGUUGCUGCUUCCAGUUUCCCUUCAGACUUAGCUGUAUGAGCCCCACUCCUAUCCUUUGGCCUUAGUUUUCCCAUCUGUAAAACUCAGAAACACAGUUGGAAAGUCCUUGUUCAUUUAGUCAGUGAAUAUAUUAUAAUAUGUAUAGAGCUCCUUUUGUGUAAGUUACUGGUCAGAGUCCUCACUGAGCUCCCAGUCCAGAGGGAAGCCAGACAAUUAAAACAGUAAUGACAAUGA